ACAGAGCUCGGAGCGCUCGCUGCUGGAGGGUGAUGGCCCUGCGAGACUGCGGGCUCCGACCUUACCCGGAGUCGGCGGCGAGAGGCUCGCGGAGGCGCGGGGUUCCGGGCGAGCGCUGAGCUUCGGCUCCAACAACCCCCGAGCUUUACCAACUCCACGUCCACAGACCCGGACGAAGGCUGGGAUCCGCUCUCGCUUUUGCUGCUCGCCGUCCUCCAGAUCAUGUCCGCGGCUCCCGGGAUUCCGCUCGGAAAACGAAGUUUGCCCCGCGUGGACCCAAUGACCUUUCCGAGCUCCGCGCCUCACCACCUGGGCCGGGUCUGAUCGGCGCUGCCCGGGCGGACCCUUCAGAGGGAGGGUUUGCUCUGCGUGCUGUUGCCUCUCUGGGUUUUCACCGGAGCCCCACGGCCACCUGCCUCCGAGUCCUGGAAGAAAGGGGCGGUUCCCUCCGCCCCCCAACAGCCGGGAGAAUGGGGAGCAAGGCCCUGCCGGCGCCCAUCCCGCUACACCCGUCGCUGCAGCUCACCAAUUACUCCUUCCUGCAGGCCGUGAACACCUUCCCCGCCGCGGUGGACCACCUGCAGGGCCUGUACGGUCUCAGCGCCGUGCAGACCAUGCACAUGAACCACUGGACACUGGGGUACCCCAACGUGCACGAGAUCACCCGCUCCACCAUCACUGAGAUGGCGGCGGCGCAGGGCCUCGUGGAUGCGCGAUUCCCUUUCCCGGCUCUGCCCUUUACCACCCACCUCUUCCACCCCAAGCAGGGAGCCAUUGCCCACGUUCUCCCAGCCCUGCACAAGGAUCGGCCCCGUUUUGACUUUGCCAACUUGGCGGUGGCCGCCACGCAAGAGGAUCCCCCUAAGAUGGGAGACCUGACCAAGCUGAGCCCGGGGCUGGGUAGCCCCAUCUCAGGGCUCAGUAAAUUGACUCCGGACAGAAAGCCUUCCCGAGGGAGGUUGCCCUCCAAAACGAAAAAAGAGUUUAUCUGCAAGUUUUGCGGCAGACACUUUACCAAAUCCUACAACUUGCUCAUCCACGAGAGGACCCACACGGAUGAGAGGCCAUACACGUGUGACAUCUGCCAUAAGGCCUUCCGGAGGCAAGAUCACCUGCGGGAUCACAGGUAUAUCCAUUCCAAAGAAAAACCUUUCAAAUGUCAGGAGUGUGGGAAAGGAUUUUGUCAGUCUAGAACUCUAGCAGUUCACAAAACUUUACAUAUGCAGGAAUCUCCACACAAAUGUCCCACAUGUGGAAGAACCUUUAAUCAGAGAAGUAAUCUGAAAACUCACCUUCUCACCCAUACAGACAUCAAGCCCUACAGCUGCGAGCAGUGUGGCAAAGUGUUCAGGCGAAACUGUGAUCUGCGGCGGCACAGCCUGACUCACACCCCGCGGCAGGACUUCUAGAGAAGCCCAGGAUGUGUCCCAUGCCGCCGCUGCUCCCCUCCCCAGACACCUCUCCACGCCUCUCACCCAGGGGUUGCACCCCCCAACCCCUUACAGACCCCAGCUCUUCCCCUGCUGCAGCCGUACCUGCAGCCCCGGGGAGUUAACCCUUCUUCUCGAGGACUGAGAACUGUAGAAAGCCACACAAGUACAUCCCUUCACAAAGAGCAUAUGCUAGAUCUUGUAGAUAUUCACAGCUCAUUUUAGAGCUCUGUACAUAAUGUCGUGGGUCUUUCUUUGUUGUUUUGUUUGUUUUUGUAUCUUGUUGGAUGCACCUAGAUAUGGAAAAUGGAAGCCAAAUUUAUCUUUAAAGAGUGUAUUUCCAAAAUAAAACUCCUUCUUGUUUGUUUCAA